AUGAUCCAGAUUGCUAUUAACAUUGAAAGUAAAAGACAGCUUUCUUUCCCAAAACAACGUCAACAAAGAUACACCAUCAUCACCACCACAACAACAACCCCAACUACAACAACCACAACAACAACGACCCCAACAACAACAACCCCAACUACAACAACCGCAACUACAACAACCACAGCUACAACGACCCCAACUACAACAGUAUUACCAACACGAGCACGAACAAGUACAGAAACUACGAGAAAGGAAAAACCAACUAAAUAUAGGAAAACGACAACAGUAAAGAAAACAAAAAGUACAACUAAACCUGAACAAACAACGGAGCUCAAUGUAUUUAUGUGGGAAGCAACAGGCGGUAUGGUUGGAAUUGUGAUUUCAUGUGUUCUUUUCAUCGCCUGUCUUGUUGGUGGCGUCUUCAUCUGUAGAAGGUAAUAUAGUAACUGUUACAUUUGUUACAUU